CUGCUGGCAGCAGCGUUUGUGUCCGACGCACAGUACAACAGAAAUAUUCCUUUCAAGACCUCCCCGGAGGCGGUCAGGCUUUAUCAUCUCUAUAACCACUGGGUUAUGCGAACAGCCACCUAUUUCUUCAUCUUUCUUAACCUGUCCCUUGCAUUGUUUGAAGAACCUGCUGUGUAUCCACUCCCCUUCCUGGUCACUUCUUUGGUCGAGGUAUUGUGCCUUCUGGUGUUCUUUGGCCGACUGACACACUUUGCAAAAGUCACCCUUCACAGUGUAUUCUGGAAGGAUACCAAGAACAUCUGCAUCAUGGUUGCAAUCCUGUUAUCCCUAACAGACUUGGCCAUAUAUGGGGUCCUCAGGAUGUACAAUGUGAGGAGCAUUCGAUGGUCAAGAAUUGUGAGGCCCAUCUUCCUGAUCAACUUUGCAGAGAGUCGCCAGAUUCGGAGAGCCUUCCGCAGCAUCCGCAACACACUGCCAGAGAUCACCUACGUCUUCUUGCUCUUCAUGUUUAGCCUUCUCAUGUUCUCCCUCAUGGCCUUGAAACUGUUUGGUGAGAGGAAUCUCCAGACAGCAGAAGGCUUGCCGUAUUUCAGAAACUACCUAGAAAUCGUGUUUGAUCUCUAUGUGCUGGUGACGACAGCAAACAGCCCGGAUGUCAUGAUGCCAGCAUUUGACUUCAGCUCAUGGUAUGCCCUGUUCUUCAUUGCCUUUGUCAUCAUCAACACUUACAUCUUCAUGUCUCUCUUCCUGGCUGUUGUGUACAACAACUACAAAAAGCACCUGAAGAAUGAGAUCCGUAAGCUUGCUUACAUGAAGCACCGCAAGAUGAUAGAGGCCUUCAACCUCCUGAAGGAAGAGGAAGGAGCACAGUUUGUGGUUAGAGAAGCCCAGUGGAAGCAACUUGUCAAGCUGGUGGCUCCUGAUAUCAGCAACUCCCACCAAGAGCUGCUGCUUCGCAUCUCAGAUGAUGAGCAGAAGGGUUUCAUAGACAAGAAGUCCUUUGUACAACUGGCAGACCUCCUCAACAUUCAGGUGAUUACCAUGAAAAUACGCAGCCAUCCCCUGGGGCAGUGGAUGCCUCGUGUCUACCAGUCAGCGGUGAGCCGGUUCCUGCGCAGCAUGGUUCGGCACAGGGGAUUUGUUUGGACUUAUGAUGUGAUCAUUCUAGUAAAUGCUAUCUUCAUUGCUCUGGAUGAGGAAACCCCUUAUAUUUCUUAUGCGGAGUGGAUCUUUCUUACUUUGUAUAUAAUCGAGAUCCUCCUGAAAGUGUACACUUAUGAACCAAGGGCAUUCUUUGGCAAAAACCAGUUCUGGAACUGGUUUGAUACCCUCAUCAUCUUUGCUGCCUUGACUGCAACGAUACUCAAUACCACCCUGAAAUCGACCACAAAGUACAACAGCCAACAGAUCCUGGACAUUGUCUUCAUCUUAAGAGUCCUCAGGCUAAUAAGGAUUGUUGACAGCAUUCAAAGGUUCCGAGUCAUCAUGAACACACUGAUAAACAUCGUACCAACAAUGUUGACGUUUGGUGGGCUGACUCUGGUUGUGUACUGUGUAUUUGCUACCAUUGGCAUGGAGUUAUUCCAUGGGAAAAUCCAGUUCUUCCCUGCAAACUCAAAUGCUCCUCACGCCCUGGAAUGUGGAAACCCAGCCCUCAAGGAUUCUCUGUUUGCCCGUGGAAAAUACUGUAAGAACAACUUCAACAACUUUGCGUCGUCCUUCAUCGUCUUGAUGGAGCUGACUGUAGUCAACCAGUGGCAUGUUUUUGCUAAUGGCUUUGCCAACGUGACGGUUCAGCCCGCAAAGCUGUAUUUCAUUGCCUUCCACAUCGUGAUGGUGAUCGUCAUUGUCAAUAUCUUCGUGUCCUUCAUUUUGGAAGCUUUCUUUGUGGAGUACUCCCUAGAGAAGAGUGAAGUAGAAACAGCCAUUGAACAGAAAAUCCAAGAGCUGGGAAUGGGAGUUCAAGAGGAUGAGCUCCAGGAUGAACAGCUCCUUGAUAACAUGGAGAAUGAUGAGCGGGACCUUGAUGGGGAAGGUGGAACAAAGCCACAGUCUAAAGGGCUGAUGUUUAAAAUCGCCUCCAAACGCUACAGGACCGUUGACGCUUUGCUCCAGCGUAUGUUUGAGGCAGAGAUACCCCUUGAGGAUGAAGGCCCUUCAUUUGAAGAGAUCUUAAACCUGUCUGUGACUGCCACU